AUGAAAGCUCUAUAUAAAUUCUUCGUUUUAUGUAUUGGCUUAUUAGCAGUUAUUUCGUUACAAUUUACAAAAGCUAGUGAUAUUUGCACUUGCUACUGUUGUGAUGGAAAGGGAUGUGAUCCUAUCCAAGAGGGAAGUUUCGAAAUUGCAUCAUGCGCUGAUGAUGCAUGUCGGCAAGAAUGCAAGAAACACUAUCCACUAUCUUGCGGUAGUGCGACUACCGGUGAUGUCGAAGGCAAAUGCGAAGAAGUGACUGGAAGUAGCUCAACUGUAAGCACUACACAAUCAACGACAGUAUCAUCGUCAACAACGACAACAACUGCAGUGAGUACCAGUUCGACUCCGAGCACACCAUCAACUACACCGUCUACACCAUGGCCAAUUCCAACAAGUUCGACGGCAUCGACAACAUCCACUGCGCCGAUAACAUCCACUGCAUCGACAAGCACUUCGAGCGGAAGUUCAUCGACUGGUUCAAGCACCACACCAACUGCAACGACAUCAACCGGAUCAACAUCUACCGCAUCAAAUACCACACCGAAAAACAUUACCGUCACCAUAUCAACGGUCUCAACAACAGCCGCGUCGUCGACUACAACCAAGAACAUAACUGUUACUAUCUCUAGUACUACAACAUUGUCUACUAUCAGUAGCAGCAGUCCGCAAACAUCAACUUUGACAAUUUCACCAGUGUCUACAUCAUCGACGAAAUCGCCAUCACCAACAACAAAAACAACUAAAUCACCUUCGACUACACCACAUCAUAGCGGUGCCACUAAUGUUCAAAAGAGUUCCGUGAUGAUUACUCUCGUCUCAUCAAUUGCUCUGAUUCAUUUCAAUCUUAUAUCCAUAUCCGCAGGCGACCAUUGCCAAUGCAACUGUUGUAUUCGAGCGCCCAGUGAUCCUGACUGUCAAGUGGAACUAGUAGGCACUGUAGCUAUCGAUAGCUGUCCAGCAGAUUCAACACUCAUCUGUGAGGAAAAAUGUCGACAGCAAUUUCCGGCACAAUGUAAUCAAAAUAACAGUGUUGCGGAAGGUGGCUGUUCCUUCGAUUCAACCUCUUCGAUGAAGCCAACAACGACGACUAUUCUCAACGGUCCAGUAAUGUUAUUGUUGAAAACUGUCAUUUAUGUCAAAAAGAAUGUGAUGACACCUAUCUACCGCAAUGUACUCAACGAUCAGCAACAAUUGUUAUUCAGUGUGAAGCAGCACCUCAUGGUAACGCUUGUCGAGCGGACUUGA